UGUCGGUGCCGUGUCCGUGCUGUGUCCGGUGUGCCGGAGGGGGGGGUCAGGGCUGUGUCCGUGCCGUGUCCGGUGUGCGGAAGGGGAUCAUGGCUGUGUCCGGUGUGCGGAGGGAGGUCAGCGCUGUGUCCGGUGUGCAGACCGGGCCCGGUUCUGUCCGUGGCUCUGCAGGAGGCGGCUCUGUGCUGCUCCCGGUUCUCUCUCGGUGCUGCGGGAGAGGGGAUCGGAGCCGUGGCAGGGCUGGACCGGGGCUGUACCCGGUGCUGCGGGAGGCGGGCCCGCUCUGUGUCAGUGCCCUGGCGGUACCGGGAGGCGGGCCGGUCCGUGCCGGGGCUGGGCUGUGCCCGGUGCCGUAGCCGGUGACGUAGCCGGUGCCGUAGCCGGUUCCGUGGGAGGCUGGGCUGUGCCCGGUGCUAUUCCCGGUGCUGUUCCCGGUUCCGUGGCUGUGCCGCGGGAGGUUGGGCUGUGCCCGGUGCUAUUCCCGGUGGUAUUCCCGGUGCUGUUCCCGGUUCCGUGGCGGUGCCGCGGGCGGCUGGGCUGUGCCCGGUGCUAUUCCCGGUGCUGUUCCCGGUUCCGUGGCGGUGCCGCGGGAGGCGGGCCGGUGCGGGGGGCGGGCGCUGCCCGCGUUCUCGGGGCCGGCGGGCGAUGCGCUUCCUCCGCUGAGCGCAGCGCGGCCGAGCCCGAGCCGGCAGGAUGACGGUGGAGUUCGAGGAGUGCAUCAAGGACUCGCCCCGGUUCCGGGCAACCAUCGAUGAGGUGGAAACGGACGUGGUGGAGAUCGAGGCCAAGCUCGACAAGCUGGUGAAGCUGUGCAGCGGCAUGCUGGAGGCGGGCAAGGCGUACAUCACCACCAACAAACACUUCGUCAGCGGCGUGCGGGACCUGUCCCAGCAGUGCAGGAAGGACCAGAUGAUCUCGGAGUGCCUGGAUAAAUUUGGGGACAGCCUGCAGGAAAUGAUCAAUUACCACAUGAUCCUGUUUGACCAGGCCCAGAGGUCGGUCCGGCAGCAGCUGCACAAUUUUGUCAAAGACGACGUGAGGAAGUUCAAGGAGACCAAGAAGCAGUUCGACAAGGUGCGGGAGGACAUGGAGAUCUCGCUGGUGAAGAACGCGCAGGCGCCGCGGCACAAGCCGCACGAGGUGGAGGAGGCCACGGGCACCCUGAGCAUCACCAGGAAGUGCUUCAGGCACCUGGCCCUGGACUACGUGCUGCAGAUCAACGUGCUGCAGGCCAAGAAGAAAUUCGAGAUCCUGGACGCGAUGUUGUCCUUCAUGCACGCCCAGUUCACCUUCUUCCAGCAGGGCUACAGCCUCCUGCACGAGCUCGACCCCUACAUGAAGAAGCUGGCCACCGAGCUGGACCAGCUGGUGAUCGACUCGGCCGUGGAGAAGAGGGAGAUGGAGCACAAGCACGCCCUCAUCCAGCAGAGGACCCUCCUGCAGGACUUCUCCUACGACGACUCCAAGGUGGAAUUCAACGUGGAUGCCCCCAACGGGGUGGUGAUGGAGGGUUACCUGUUCAAGAGGGCCAGCAACGCCUUCAAGACGUGGAACAGGAGGUGGUUCUCCAUCCAGAACAGCCAGCUGGUCUACCAGAAGAAGCUGAAGGACGUGCUGACCGUGGUGGUGGAGGACCUGAGGCUCUGCACGGUCAAGCCCUGCGAGGACAUCGAGAGGAGGUUCUGCUUCGAGGUCGUCUCCCCCACCAAGAGCUGCAUGCUGCAGGCUGACUCGGAGAAGCUGCGGCAGGCCUGGAUCCAGGCUGUGCAAGCCAGCAUCGCCUCCGCCUACCGCGAGAGCCCCGACUGCUACUACAUCGAGAGGCUGGACAGAACAGCCUCCCCCUCCACCAGCAGCAUCGACUCGGCCACGGAUUCGCGGGAGCGCGGCGGGAAGGGGGAAACGAUCCUGCAGAGGGUGCAGAGCAUCCCUGGGAACGAGCAGUGCUGCGACUGUGGGCAGCCAGACCCGCGCUGGGCCAGCAUCAACCUGGGCAUCCUGCUGUGCAUCGAGUGCUCCGGGAUCCACAGGAGCCUGGGUGUUCACUGCUCCAAGGUCCGAUCCCUCACGCUGGAUUCCUGGGAGCCAGAGCUGCUGAAACUGAUGUGUGAGCUGGGCAACAGCACCAUGAACCAGAUUUACGAGGCGCAGUGUGAGGAGCUGGGGCUGAAGAAACCAACAGCAGGGAGCUCCAGGCAGGACAAGGAGGCCUGGAUCAAGGUGAAGUACGUGGAGAAGAAGUUCCUGAAGAAGCUGCCGGGCGGGGAGGCGCUGGCCGAGGGCGAGCGCAAGCCGCGCCGCUGGUGCGUCAAGAAGUGCCAGAGGCACAACAGCGGCUCGCGGGCGCCCGCGGCGCGCAGGAAAUACCGGCAGGACGUGGCGGGCGGCGCCUGCCCCGCCAUGCUGGCCUCAGCAGCCACCCUGGAGAGGAAAUUCCGCCGGGAUUCUCUGUUCUGCCCCGACGAGCUGGACUCCCUCUUCUCCUACUUCGACACCGGCGCCGGCUCCGGCCCUCGCAGCCCCGCAGGUCUGAGCAGCGACAGCGGCCUGGGCGGGAGCACCGACGGCAGCAGCGACGUGCUGGUGUUCGGCUCCGUGGUGGACAGCGUCACCGAGGAAGCAGAGUGCGAGGUGUCGGACGCGUCCAGCGGGGAGGCGGAGCUGGAGCAGGAGGUGUCGGACCAGGACCAGGAGGAGCCGCGGGAGCUGCCGCCGGCGCUGCUGCUGUCGCGGGCGGCGCGGAGCCGGAACGUGCCGCUGCUGGCCGCGGCGCUGGCCCACGGCGCCGACGUCAACUGGGCCAGCGAGGAGGACGAGGGCAAAACGGCGCUGAUGCAGGCGGUCAGCGGGGGCUCCCUGAUCGCCUGUGAGUUCCUGCUGCAGAACGGCGCCGAUGUCAACCAGCGGGACGCGCGGGGCCGGGCGCCGCUGCACCACGCCACCUACCUGGGCCACACCGGGCAGGUGUGCCUGUUCCUGAAGCGUGGGGCCACCCAGCACACCCCGGACGGGGACGGGCAGGACCCGCUGAGCAUCGCGGUGAGCGCGGCCAACGCCGACAUCGUCACCCUGCUGCGCCUGGCGCGGAUGAACGAGGAGAUGCGGGAGGCAGAGGGGCCGCUGGGGCAGCCCGGGCAGUACCCCAGCAACAGCCCCACGGAGCUGCAGUACAGGAAAUGCAUCCAGGAGUUCAUCAGCCUCAACAUCGACGAGUGUUAGGGACAGCCCCGACUGCUCCCUGCGCAGCCCCGGCCGCGGAUGUUCGGUGUUUUCCCUGCUGGUUGGUCCGGUUGUGAUGCCUGCACCCCCAGGGCUGAGCUGCCCUCAGGGGGUUUUUCCUUGUGGGGUUUGAGUUCUCAUGCUUGACUACUGGAUGGUUGGUUUGUAAUUUUUUUUUUUUUGGGGGGGAGGUUUUUUCUCUUUUUUUUUCUUUUUUUUUUUGAGUAGGAGCCUCCCCGGGUGUGACCACGGAUUGUGGCCCGUGGGGUGGAGUGUGUGGGAAGUGUGGGAGAAGAGCUCAGAGGUUAAAAAAACAACACACACACACACACACACAAAACAAAAAAAAAAAAAAGGGAAAAAAAGGAAAAAAAUUCAAAAAGAGAAGAAAAGGAAAAACCUUCUGUGACCAGGAGAGAGCCACCAACAGCAGGAGAUGACAAAGCUGUCCCUGAAGAGCUGGCUUGGAAUUCUGGCAGGGACUGUGGCCUGGAGCCUGCUGGGAGGAUUCCAAGGUGCCCUCCAGGCUGGUUUUGGGGCAGGGAUGCUCUGCAGGCCCAGCAGGAUCGGGAUCGGGAUCGG